CAUAGAAACAAAGCCAUGCGCGGUCGAUCGUGCGACCGCGAAAGAAAGCGUACGGUCCUGGCCGCGAUCGCAUCGAGAAAACGUGACGUUUACAAAGUAACGUUUAAGCGCCCCUCAUAACUCUAUUCUCGUCAAAGAUAACAACGCAACGACGAGACGCCAGUGUUGUUCGGUGUGCUUCGCGUAGGCGAGCGCGACGACAUUAUCCUCUUUUUCUCUUCCUCUCUGUCUCUGUCUUUACCCAUCAUUCUUAUCUCUUUUCUCUUUCUCUCUCCCUCUCUCUCUCUCUCUCCUUCCUUCUUCCUCUUAUACGUUCUCUUUGUGUCUUCCUUCUUCUCUUCUUUUAUUUACAAAAUUCAUAAAGCCAAAACAGGUAUGCCGUUCAUAUCAAAAGAUUGGCGUAGCCCUGGAGAAGAAUGGGUUAAGACGGUCGAAGGUUGGGAAAAGAAAAAGAUACUCGAAUGUGCGAAUAAUAAGACGUUAUCACUUCUCCUUCGAGGUGAAAAAGAUGCAAGUGACAAGAAGGAGAAGGAUAGAAAGAAAGAAAACGCCGUCCAACCGCAUUGCCACAUCACGUUGAAGUGCACACGUGAGAUCGCUGGUUUUAAUGGAUUAAGUGACGCCCUGAAGAGACUAGAUUUUUUAUCAGCAGUACAUGACUGUCGUCGAUUUAAUUACAUCGUAAGACUUUUGGAUCUUCUAGUUAGUCACAGAAUGGGUGGUUUGAGUGGUUGUGCACAACGAGUUCUUUUCAAUAUGUUAGAGGAAGUUGCGUUGGAAGUAUCCUUAUCGCAACAACAAACUGGAAGAUUACGACGAUUGAUCGAAAGAGUUAGAGCCUUCAGUGCUGGAUGUUGUUGGGGUGGAAGACCUCUAGGCUCUGUAAUCUUAUGGGAAAAACAUAAAGCAGCUUUGGAAAGAAUCCUACAAAUUGCCUCAUCUAUUACUAUAACUCAGCCGGAUGAAGAACAACAACCACAAUGGUCAGAUUUACCUCCAGAAUGUCGUAGAGAAGUUCUUCUUCGAUUAAGCGAUCCGCAAGAUAUUGAAGCAUCAUCGGAAGCAUGCGAACAUCUCGCAGUUUUAGCUCAAGAACAAAGAAUAUGGCGAGAACUUGCUCAAUAUCAUUUCACUCCACAACAAAUAGCUACUACCAGGCAAAACAAUCCAGGGAAAGAUUGGAAAACUAUAUUUACUAUUGCUAGAAGGUCAUUCGGUUUACGAGAAGAAUAUGCAGAGAUGAUACAAUUGUGCCGCAAUUGUCGUUGUUUAUUUUGGAGAUCACUGGGCCAUCCCUGUAUCGCAGAUCAGGAUCCAGCAUUUCAAGAGAAGUUAGCUGAUGUAGAUCAAGCUUCUCUUCAUGUUCCAAUCCCUCCUCAAACUUUCCUAAAGUUUUUUUCACUGUGAAGGCCUUUUGUUAAGUGUCUUGUAAACAGAAUAAUUAGAUAUACAGCUGCAUAUGUGCGCAUAUGUGUAUAGUAUGUCUGUGAAUAAGUUAAAAAAAAACGUGAAUGAGAAAAACAGAAAAGAAAGAAAAUAUAGAUCAUAGGGAAAAGGAAAGAUAUGUAACAGAUGUGAUCGAAAAACAAAUACUUCGAAAUUAUAUGUAAAUGAUAUAUCUAGCAAAAAAAAAAGAUAUUUAAAAAUUCUAUUAUACAUAGAGAUCUUAUCAUCAAUAAGUUAUAUUCAGUAUAUUAUGAUUGCAUAUCUGAGAAGUUUUUAGUCUAAAGUGAAACUUCAGACGUGCGAAAUUCUUAGAAUGCUUCCUUCCCUUAAAAGUUAUAAUGGCAACUACUUCCCAAAUUGCAAAGUAUAUUUCUGUAAUUUUUAAAAUUAUAAUAGUUAUAUUGACUAUAAUAAUAAUGGAUGAUAAUUGCUAGUCGUAUUAAAAUGUUGAUUGUUAGAUAUAUUGUAUGUGUGUUCCAAAAAACACAUAAAAGAUAUCCAACUGUAAAGAUAGGCUUUCAGGAUUUUUAUCUUCCUUAAGAAAAUCUAUCUAUGACUGUCUGUUCUAAGAUACUGCAUCAUUUUUAUGUAGUAAAUUUAUAUAAUUUAUCAUUUAUGAAA